AGGACUUACUUUCGUUUUCUCGAGUUUUUUGAGGAAGGGAAACUUGGCCGUAAGUUUGGAGAAGAAAUCCACCAAUCAAGUUUUUUUUUUUUUUACAGUAGCUAAGAUGUCUGGGGAACCUGCGGAACCCACUGAUCUUGGAGCUGAAGAGGAGGAAGGGAAGCUGACUGGAGACGUGACAGACGCCAAACCAGACCGCAGAGGAAGAUUCCUGCUGUUUGGUAAGAAGAAUAAGGAUGGCCAGACGCGCGAGCAGGACUACUCUUCUGAAAGCCAUUACAGAAUUGUUUCACCAACAUUCCAGUAUAAGAUGAGCCACCAACGAGUGGGCAAGUGCAUCAUCAUCAACAACAAAAACUUUGAUGAAAAGACAGGGAUGAACGUACGCAACGGCACGGACCGAGAUGCAGGAGAGCUGUUCAAAUGCUUCAAGAGCCUGGGCUUCGAUGUCUUCAUCUACAAUGAUCAGACAUGUGAGAAGAUGGAGAGUCUUCUCAGAGAGGCCUCGGAGGAAGACCAUAGUGACAGCUCGUGUUUCGCCUGUAUCCUGCUAAGCCAUGGCGAGGAGGGCAUGAUCUACGGGACAGACGGAGCCAUGCCCAUCAAGACCAUGACCUCAUUGUUCAGGGGGGACAUGUGCAAAAGCUUAGUCGGAAAGCCAAAGCUCUUCUUCAUCCAGGUCAUCGUUGAGAAAGCUACUCAGGAUCACAAUGAAAUGUCAUUUCAUUUACUUCACCAGGCUUGCCGGGGUUCCGAAUUUGAUGAUGGUAUACAGACAGAUUCGGGUCCGCCAAACGAUACCCUGGAGACAGAUGCUAAUCCGAGACAUAAGAUCCCUGUAGAGGCAGAUUUCCUCUUUGCUUACUCUACUGUGCCAGGUUAUUACUCAUGGAGGAACCCUGGGCGCGGCUCCUGGUUUGUUCAGGCGCUCUGCAACGUCCUCAAUGAGUUUGGCAAGCAGCUGGAGAUAAUGCAGAUCCUGACACGGGUCAACUACAUGGUGGCCACCAGCUUUGAGUCCUGGUCUGAAGACCCACGCUUCAGUGAGAAGAAGCAGAUUCCCUGCGUGGUCUCCAUGCUGACGAAAGAACUGUAUUUCAACUGACCGCCAUCCUCGCUGACUGACUGACUUGACUUGACUGACUGACUUGACUGACUGACUUGACUGACUGACUUGACUUGACUGACUGACUUGACAGACGGUUUCAGGUACCGACUUAGCGGUCAAAGCAUUCAGGGAUGAUUCAGGCCCAGCAUGACACUGCACAUUUGGAGCACAUAUGACAUUUAAAUGUGUAGUUGGGCCCGAAAAAACAAGCAAAAAUAUUUUUAGUGGCACUCCGCGUUCAUGUGCUGAUGGUGAAACUUCUUCCUCUUCUUCCGGUUAUUCUUCGGAAUAAUGGCGUCACAUUUGAUCGGAUCUUUUUUUGACAGGCAUGUGAAAUAUCCAUGUUAUUCCACCAGCCCGGAAAAUUUGCUGCCACUUUUUGCGGGUUUGGGGAAUCAUAUCUGAAUUUGUGUCUCUCCAUUUUCCAGUAUUUGCAAUAGAUGUUGAAAGGAACCGUAUAGAGUGGACAGGAGUCUUCAAUUUGAAUAUGGCUCUUGCAUUAAUUACAUGAAAUGGGUUUAGAAAUAAUUUACAUUUAGUGUUCUGAGAGAUCGAUGCAUUUGUAAAGUGUCCAUCUCCAUUACAAAGUAAAAUACAUUGGAAACCAGGCGACAGUUGAAUGUUUUAAAGGCCUAUAGAAAUUCUAUGUAAAUCCACACCUGGAAAGUCAGUAGAGACACUUUAAUCACCAUAGGAAUUGAUGAAGGAGCUGCCUUGAUUACAAACCCUGUCUGAUGCAUUAGAGGGGGGAAAAGCAUCUGGAAAAUGGAUGAGAUCAUUUUCAGCUAUCUGUGUUUCAAUGUUUUCAGCUGUCAAUUGUCAGAUAAAAAGAGACAACAGAAAAAGACAACACUCAUGCUUUUGCCAAAGGCUCAGUGUCUCAUCCUUCCUAGCAAGUUUAAAGUUGGUAGCAGCAUGCUGGCAUCCUCAGGUUCUUUAAUGUCCCAUGAAGUGGGUAACUGUAAUGUUAAAGAAUGUCAUAUACGUAUCGCUAGGAAGGUGUGAUCUUUUGCUGUGUUGUGAUUAGUUCUAUAAGAUUUUGGGUCAAGAGCAUAGUAUAUAGUCCACUCCCACAAACGCAAGGAUUAUUUGCAAUUUGCCAGUUUUUUUCAGCCUAAUGUUGAGGACUUCACUUGCUUGUUGUUCACCCCAAAGGAAGUGAAGUUCAUAUAUUUGCAUAUGAUCAAAAUUACGCACUCGUCUUAUUUGUCAGGGUCCAACAAAUCAGUUAAUGAAUUUCUCUUUUUUAAUCUUUAAAAUUGGACAUUCCUCUUUAUUAACUUUUAUAAAUGGAAGUUAAUAUGGUAGGAUUUUUACACUAGAAAGAGAACUGUCAGAAACUGUGUCAUAUAUUUGGGAAAUAUUAUAGUGUGAAGCUGGACUAGGGCCCAAAGCACAAAUGCCACAUCAUUUCACUGUAUAUUAGUGUUGUUCAUUGUCAUAACAUACACUACACUCUGGAAAGAAAUACCCAGCAAAGUCUUCCUUAUUGUAUUUUUUUUAAUUGAUCCUUAGAAAGACCCAAAUCAUAAAGAAAGACAAAAAAUCAAGCACUUAGUGCACAUUGUCAUGUUUUUUAAAAGCAAUUUUGCAUCAUUUAGUAAUUCAUUUUAUGACAAGUACAGGUCAAAUGUAAAAGAUUUUUAAUAUUUGAGACAUUUGCUGAUGGUCAUUUCAACUUGCACAAAGUUUGUUUCUGCAAUUACGCUGUGUUAAUGUGCCAAAGUCUGUCAAUCACAGAGGCAGCUAUUACUGGUGGUGACAAGUCUGAACAUACACAAUCCACAUGUCCGCAAUACACAAUCAUUGUUGCUGCAAUGUUUUUACAUUAUUCACAUGAUUGCAUGUGUCAGUAACUAAGGGGAAAAGUUAAGCAAGAGCUUUAAAUUGUCAUUUUAUUUUCCCCUUUUCACUUGUAUUUUUUAAUCAGCUGUUUUUUUUAUUUUGAUAACACUUUUACAUCAUAUUUCUGGUUGGCAGAAGUGUGAUCAAUACUGGACACGUCCCAUUAUACACCCAGUACACUUGUCCAAUACAGCCGCAACUUGACACAUGGAUCUCUGAUCAGCGAUGUGGUGCCCAACCUGUGCUGAAAGGAGUGUUUGCUCCACUUUUUUUUCGAUUGGAAUUGAGGGAGGGAGAGAAAAAUAUUGUUAUAGGUAAAAUUUUAAAAUGCUUUCUGGUGUUAAAUGCUGUUGUCCUCAGGAAUAUAUUUGAAAAGAUUUGGAAAAAUGAAUGAAUGAAUUACAUUGAAAGUUUAAUCUGGCCCAAUUUCUUUUUAAUUUGGGGCACUACCUUGUAUAAUUAACUUCAAAAACAGAGGAAUGCUUAUGUAAACAUUUUAUUGUAUUAAACAUAAAGAAUUUAUUCUGUAA